AUGUUUGUUGGUGUAAGACAAUUGGACUACGGCUUUGGGCCUAGACAGGAACAAUUUUCUAGUAAGCAUUUUUGCAUUUUACCUUACCCUACCCUACCCUACCCUACCCUACCCUACCCUACCCUACCCUACCCUACGCUACCCUACCCUACCCUACCCUACCCUACCCUACCCUACCCUACCCUACCCUACCCUACCCUACCCUACCUUACCCUACCCUGCCCUACCCUACCCUACCCUACCCUACCCUACCCUACCCUACCCUACCCUACCCUACCCUACCCUACCCUACCCUACCCUACCCUACCCUACCCUACCUUACCCUACCCUACCCUACCGUACCCUACCCUACCCUACCCUACCCUACCCUACCCUACCCUACCCUACCUUACCCCUACCCAACCCUACCCUACCCUACCCUACGCAACCCUACCCUACCCUACCCUACGCUACCCUACCCUACCCUACCCAACCCUACCCUACCCUACUUUACCCUACCCUGCCCUACCCUACCCUACCCUACCCUACCCUACCUUACCCUACCCUACCCUACCCUACCCUACCCUACCCUACCUUACCCUACCCUACCGUACCCUACCCUACCCUAGAUGACUCAAGCGUACCCUACCGUAAUCUACCAUAUUCACUCGCAUAUUGUAUCUUACCGUACUGUGCCGUCUCGUACCCAACCAUGCUCUACCCUACCUUUGCCUUGGCUUACUCUACCCUAUCGUAUCCUAUGUCAUUUGGCUUUAUCCUACGCUAACUUAAUGUGACCUACCCAACCCUGCGCUAUCGUAAUUACUUUACCGCACUGUACCCUACCUUGGAUGGUGCUAGCGUGCCGUACUUUACCAUACUCUAACGCGCCGUACUUUGCUCUACCCUAUCUUACCGUACCCUAUCCUAACCCACUUGGCCCCAUCUUACCGUCCCCUACCAUAUCCUACUGGACGCUAUCUUACCAUGCCCUACCCUUCUUUGAAAACUAAUUUUAGUUUUCAACGAGCUGGAUGAAGGAAUCAGUUUCUUUGGCAAGUGUUCGUGGAUCUUCACUAUGUUCUUCAUUGCUUUGGGAUUAGUUUGGAGUUUUGUUGGCAUGUUUGUGUCAUUUCUCAACCUAUUUUUAAAUGACCCAAAGACUGUAGCUGGCGCUGGUGGAUUACAUUUAUGGAGCUGGCUUAGUGGUACGUAUUUUUUCUUUGGCAUACUACCCUUUGACAUUUUUUACUAAUUUUAUUGUUGAAAAAAGUCUUGUCGUUUUCUAACGUUAAGUCUAAUGCUAAUUGACGACAAAACUUUUUUUGCUUCUCUAUCUCUAAUUAUAGUAGAUUGAAAAAGUCUUGUCGUUUUUCCUCGUUAUUAACAAUGAUAAACGAUGACAAGACUUUUAUGUACGUCUUUUCAAAUUAAAAAUUUUAGUAAUGUCCUACGUAACUGCUGCCUUCCUGUAUAUAAGACAAUUCUAUAACACAAUUCAAUACAAUGUACUAUUGAAAGAGCACAGAAUGGACGAUUUUUCAUCAGAAGGCUUGGUACAGUAAGUUUGUUUAAUUAAAUUCAAUUUUCUAGGCUUUUAGAGUAGAAGAUGGUAAGGUAGGUUAAGGUAAAAUGAUGAUAGAGCAAAAGCACGGUACAGUUUAAGGCGGUUUAUAACAAAGCAAGUCAGAGCAGGGCAGAGCAGGCUAGAGUAUAUUGGAGUAUUGUACUGUAGGAUAAUGUAUAAUAGGGCAAGAUAACGUAAGAUAGAGUACGGUAUGGCGGACUACCGUAGGAUUUGAGGAAGUAGAGUAAGGUAGGGUAGCGUCGGGUAGGGUACAGUAGGAUAAGGUAGAAUAGGGUAAGGUAAGAAAAGGUAACUUUUGAUAUUUUUUCAGUUUUGGAGUAUCAUUCUACGUGUUCAGUAUGGCCGUAGUACUGCAUGUCUUCCCAUCAGUAAUGAUAUUGUUAACGGAAAAACAUCAAAAAAUCAGUGAAAAAGAAAAAAGCAUGGACCCAACAGCCUUAUUGUACUAA